CGUUACCACUUUAAGACGUUCCGUGAGAAAUGGCUCCUCCGGCCUGGAGCGGUGGACCGUCAUCUCCAAACAAGCAGUGCUAAUCGGUUGCUGCUCAUGAAAUUUGAAAUUUGCACCCUCACAUGUACCAAAAAUAUGUGGUGAAAACCCUACCAGAGGAUGAACGUUCUUGCAAAGACUUUUGAGAAACGGUCUGUUGGAGGAGUGGUCAUAAUGUUUCUCUCAUGGAAACCAAUUUUGUAGUUGUCUGGAUAAAGUUUUACUAUUACUGCAAACUGAAAAGUGAUGCCUCAGCCCACCACCAAAACAAUUUCAUCAUGGAAAAUCAGAAAUUGGUGAACAGUAUUGCUAUAACGCAGUUGAGUGGGGAAUCAAGUACUUUCAUCUGCACGGAAUGUGGUGAUGGGUUCAAUCAGUACUCUAAUGUGUUGGUCCACAUGGCCAUUCAUGGACCUCUGGAGUCGUUUUCCUUGGAUGGCUCAUCCAAUGGAUUUGAAGUUCCGCGAGAAUAUGUGCUUCAAGAAAAUGGUACAUUGACAGUUGUGAGUGGUUUUGAGCCACAUUCUUCUGUAAAACCAGUAUCUCCUGGAGCCCUGCCAUCACAUUUUCCAUCCGUCAUCAAACCAUUGUCUCCAACACUCCAGCCACAGCCGUCUCCUUACAGAGAUGUGUUCAGGCCAAGGCCACCAGAUUCAAACUUGGACAAGUCUCGCCAGGGCCAUUACCGUUGUGAAAUAUGUAGCAGAUCUUUUAACAGCCUACAGAGUUUACAUCGUCAUCAGCAAUAUCGAAACACCGAGCGAGGGUAUAAAUGCACUUUGUGUUGUAAGAUCUUUGAAGGCCGGCAGGACCUUAAGAAACACCUCCAAGACCAUGCCAAUGAAAGAUUUCACUGCUGUAGUCAUUGUGGUAAGCGAUUCCUUAAAGUGGAUGCACUUAAUGCUCAUCAGAAAGAAAAUCACCUUGUAACCAAGGCUUCAGCUUUGAGUAAAUCUUUGAAUAAGCAGGAAAAGACAAAUGAAAAAACGUAUACGUGUAGGAAGUGCAAGUGCAAUUUUUUCUGGAUGUCAGAUUUUCAGACACAUUCACUGCACCAUUGCAAAGGCAAAGGGCCUGAUCCCACUUUGGCUUCUAAAAUUGAAAUAGUGAUGAAUUCUGAGAAGAUAGAAGAUAUACCACUUCAAAAUGUCUACAGUAAUGGUACAUCUAUUGAUGUUAAGACUGGUCAUAAUAAAAUCCUGAGGGAUCCUAAUGAGAUUAAUUCUGAUUUGUCUUGCACACCAUACAGAUGUGGUUUAUGUGGGGAUCGUUUUCAAAAAUUAACUGCUCUGAAGGAACAUCAUCUCACACAUCAAACUCAGGAGGAAAUCGAUCAGCUGAAUCAAGAAUCACAAAGAACCUUUAAGCGAAGAAUGCCACCUAAGGGCAGACGUAGAAGAGCCAGUAACCCAAAUGGCAAACUGCAUCCUUGCAAGCACUGUCACCGCGUCUUUAAUCAUUCUAGUAGUUUAUCUCGGCACAUGAGGUACCAUAAGGGUACGAUGCACACAUGUGCAUUUUGUGGUAGACAUUUUCCACAGCGCUGUGAUCUGAGGAGGCAUAUAGCCAUGUACCACAAAACUGAACUGGAGAAGAAACCAGCUUUGAAACCGUUGUACACAAAUCCAGAAAAAGGUCCGGUUUCCAAUUUUCUUAACGGUGACAAAAACCUAAGCUCGCCUGAUGAGAUUACCAAGAGCUCCUCUGACAAUGAACAAACUGCAUCACCAGAGCAAAUCCAAAAGGACAAACAAUCAGGAAAAGUAGGCAGAGUUAACUACAAGUGCCAGGAAUGUGGAAAGAGAUUUGGGCUUUUAAGUGUGUACCAACGGCACUUGCGCUAUCAUAAAAAGGAACCUAGUAAGUGUCCGAGGUGUCCAGCGGAAUUUAAGAACCCUUCCUCUCUGGAGCUUCACCUUCAAAAUCAUCCCAGCGCUGGAAAAGCUGAUGGUGUUGGACAAACCUAUCACGGCACAGGUUCCAGUGGCGACCAUGUCUUAGAAAAGGACCUUGAGGAUGACUUUAUGGACCAUACUGAAAAUGAUAAAGGCAAUUCUUCGGAGGUUCUUUAUGAAUGCACUGAGUGCACUGAGACAUUCUCAUGCUUGGACACGUUUCUUCACCACCAGACUUCUCAUGGCUCAGAAAACAAUGGGUAAUCAUGUCAGACCCACUUGUUAUUGUUAUUGCCCACAAAUGUUCUCUCAGUUAAGUUUUUUGGAUUCUUGCAAAUAUUGUAAUCACUGUAUUGAUGUAAUGUUUGUUUAUUCUAUGACUACUUUUUACUCAAAUUUUCUUUGCCAUUAAACAGAAAUAUAUGUUAAGGAUUUUCAGAAGUCAGGUGACUAAGAAGAUGGGGAGCAUACCAAGUUAGUUUUGAAUUUAAUAAAUAAAGACAAACUGCAUAUUUGAAAUAUGUUAAAUGCAGGUUUAAACCAUGUAUUCUACAGUACAGUAAACUGUCCCAAUUGUUUACGAGCAAGAAUGGGCACGAGGCUUCUGCUUGUAUUUUAAUUCGCUACCCCUGUUACUGUUAAUCAUGCUACUAGUUUCCCUUUUGACAUGUUAAAUUUUACAUGUUUUACUCACAGUUAUUGUGAUAUUGAAAUUGCCUGUAUUAAUAUGUGCAUGUCCUCCUGCAUUAUUACAGUGAAUUUUUAAUUGUGCCAUUAAAGUUGUGCAGAGGAA